AUAGUCCAUCCUCAAAUAAUCCUCUUCACCAUCAAAACUAUCAACAAAAACAACAACAAAAUCGUACAAUGAUUAAAAGCGAAUCCAAUCAAAGUAUUUCACCACCCCCAUCUCCAUUAAUGACAUCGUCUGCUCCAUCGACACCAUUAUCGGAUUCUGGAAUUGUUUCAAAUAACUAUAAUAAUGGCCAAAAUGUAAAUAAUAGUAGUAGCGGCCAAGGGAAUCAACAACCUCCACCAAGUAACGGGAGCAAUAAACCAGGUUAUCAAACUUGUUCACAUGCAAACCACGAGUUGUGGUGGAAUACUAGCCCAGAAUUACCUGUUUCAGAGUUUUAUACAAGAUCUUAUAAAUGUAAAAGAUGCUAUAUAAAACAGCAAACCGAAAGUAAAAAAACUAGACAAUCCCCCAUCGGAAAUGGAAAUGGUAAUAAUCACUAUCAUACUGGUGCAAAUGUAGUUGGCUCUCAUCAUGUUGGUAAUAAUCAUUCUCCCUCAUCUCAAAACAGUAGUAGUGGUAGUAAUAGUUAUCCACACAAUCAUCACCUUUCAUCUUCAUCAUCAUCAUCUAACAGCAAUAACAACAAUAGCAACAAUAAUAGCAAUAGCAAUAACAGUAACAAUAACAAUCAUUUAUAUCAAAACUCACCAUCUCAAAUUGAUAACGCAAUUAAUCAAACCUUUUCUCAAAACUCAUCAAUAUUAGGUUUGGCAUCACUUUCAACAUAUUCAUCAUAUAAUAAUAAUAAAAAUUUACAAUCGCAACAACCAAAUCAUUCACAAUUUAACGAUAAAAAAAAUUUAAAUAGCAAAUUUUUACAAAAGAAAAGCAAACAAGAAGAUGCUCACGAUUUUGGUAGUGGUAGUGAUCAAGAUGAAAACUAUCCAAUUAAUCCAAAUAACUACAUAGAUCAAGUUAUCAGUAGCAAACAAUUUUCAAUGUACAGUAAACAAGGUGGAAACAAUAGUACUACAAGCACAAAUACUAAUCAAUCAACAAAUAGCAAUAGUAGUAAUAAACCACCAUCACCAUCAAGUGUAUUAAAUAAGCAACAACAACAAUCGCAAAAUUUGGAUAUGGAUUCACCAGACGAAAAGAAAAUUGAAACAUUUCAUUAUAUGUGCUCAACCUACAAUCAUUUAGUUGAUAGAGAUACAGGAAGUCCAGGCUAUAUUGACAGUUGGAUGAAAGGACGAUUAGAGCAAACAGAAUAUUUUGGAACCAUUCGAAUUCAAGGAAAUUUAGGUUGUAAUGGUGGUGGAAAUGGUGCAAAUUCAAAGAUUGGAGGUUUUUUCACUGAAAUUAUUGUAAGCGGUAAAACUUAUAGAGGUUUAGUUUUUGAAGAUUUGAAGAGCUCAAAUCAGUCAAAUAACUAUCCACAACAAAAACACCAACAACAAACAAAUAGUUACUCCCCAAAUCAAUCUUUAGCAACAACAAACAAAAAAAUUAAAGGUCAAGGCAGAGACUCCCCAACUUCAUUUUUACCAGUUAUUAACAAUAGUUCAAGUAGUAGUUUUGGAACCAAUGAAAAUUUAGAAGCUUUAUUAAAACUAGGUAAACAAGCAAAGACUGAAGCUGUUGAAGAAUCCAAAAAGAGAAAAAAAACCUACACUGAAACCGACUCCUAUGAUGACCAUCAACCAUCUUAUGCCUUGAAAUCAAACUAUUAUAACUAAUAAUCAUCACUAGCAUCCCACACAUAACAUCACCACAAAUUUUUUUUUUUUCAUUUUUAAAAAAAAAAAAAAAAUUACUUUCACCUAUCAAAUAACAAACCCAUCUUUUUUGUACAUAUACAUCAGACUAAAUAACCCAACCCUUCACUAAACCUUAAUAAAUCAUUAUUUAAAAAAAAAAAAAAUAAAAAAAAAAUAAAAAAAAUAAAAAUAUUAUUAUUU